AUGAUAAAAAACCAUGAUGAAUGGUUCGAGUUUCUCUACCGGCAGCAAAUGAGCAGCUCAAUCGCCUGUAAACUAUACUCCAAGAGCAAUCUGCGCACGAAAUCGGACGGCGUUCAGUUCCUUCGGCUGAAGGAGGACUUUCCGGUGGGCGGUGAAAUCGUUUCACUUUACGCCUACCCUCGAAAUUCGAUACUGAUCGCUCGGACAGAGAACUCCAGCGAUUCGGAGUACUUCCGGCUGAAGGAAGUCAACAGCACCGUAGUCAGCGUCAUUCUGAACCGCAGCCUGGACGAUCUGGUCGACAGCGACAACCCGCAAAGCAUACUGAAGUUCAGCGUUUUCUGCAGCGGGACAGCGAUCAAGCAGGACAAUCAGUCCUCGUUUUUCACCAUCACUGUUUACAUAGAAGACAUCAACGAUAAUGAUCCCGAAUUUAUCAAUCUACCGUACGCGAUAACGCUGGACGAAUCAACGCCAAUUGAGACGGUGGUGUUUAAUAGAAUUAAGGCAAUUGAUCGUGAUAAGCCAAACACGCCGAAUUCCGACAUCGAGUACGCGAUCGCACCGAAGCAGCUAAAGAGCGGCGACUUUCCGUUUCGGCUCGAGAGCUCCAAGCGGCCGAAGUUGAUCUUGCAGCGGCCGCUGGAUUUCGACUCCGGGCAGCGCUCGCUCAGUGUGCUGGUGAUCGCGAACGAUCGUGGGAAUCCACCGCGCUCCGCAAACGCCACCAUUCGCGUAACGAUUCGCGAUGUCGACGAUCUGGGGCCGAUGUUUACGCGGCCGGUUUAUCACACCACGCUGAAGGAAUCCUUCCCGAUGACGGGUAAACCGAUUCAUCAACCGAUCUACUUCGAUCCUCCGAUCGCAGCGUUCGAUCAGGACUCGCUAAAUGCGACGCUGAUCUACAACAUCGUCGAUGGCAACGAACAUAAACUAUUCUGGAUGGCACCGGAAACCGGUGUCAUUUUCCUACAGGAGGAGAUCGAUCUGGAAGCGGAAAGCUUGCCGGAUAACACGAUAGUGUUACAAAUUGAAGCCAGGCAGAAGAAUAACCCGUCGAAAAUGGCCCUCGCCAGAGUCGAGUUGGAGAUCAUCGACCUGAACGACAACCUGCCGGAGUUCGAAGUCGAUCUGUACAACAUUUCGAUCAUCGAAAACCUACCGAAGGGUUUCAGCAUCCUGCAGGUGAAUGCGAUCGACCGCGAUCAAGGUGAGAAUGCCGAAUUCUACUACUAUCUGGCCAGCGAGGAACCGAAGGGUGCCUUCGUGAUCGAUCCCAUGUCCGGCUGGAUUGUGGUGAACGACGAGAGCUUCCUGGACAAGGAAACCCGGGGUUCGCUGCACAUGCGGGUGAAUGCCAUGGAACGGGCGGAACAUGUCGAUCGGGGUCGUAACUACGGGAAGGUGCAGGUAGAGAUUACGCUGCUGGAUACGAACGAUAAUACACCGGAAUUCGAGCAGGGAACUUUGUAUGAGUUUAAAACCAACUGUAGUUCGGGUGUGGGGACCAAAAUUGGUGCGAUCAAAGCGAUUGAUCCGGAUGAUCUGGGUAAUGGUCGAGUGCAGUAUCACAUCAAAAAUGUACGGCCGAAUCUGGCGAUUCCGUUCAAGGUCGAUCCCGAUACGGGUGAUAUCAAGGUUUCCGAACCCCUUACCUACGGUAAGGUUGCUUUCUUUGUGGAAGCUCGCGAUCAGCCGCAAAAUCCUUCGGAAUCGAGGUUCAAUGUUGCGCUAGUAACUAUCGAUAUCGUUUGUCAAUCGAUUGAGGAAAUUGAAUUUAUUGGAGCUCCUUACGAGUUUUGGGUGGGUGCUGAUGCACCGAUCGGUUCUUCGGUGGGUCAAAUUCGUACGACGUUUGAUAUGAACGCAGAUGAGGAGAUAUUUUUUGAUCUUCUGCACUCCUAUCCCGAAGGAGUACCGUUCGCGAUCGAAGAACGGUCCGGUAUCGUCACAGUUAUCGAGUCUCUCGAUAAGUUUGAGCGACGUUGUUACGAGUUUGAAACGGUCGUAUCGUAUCUUCCGAAUGCGGAAGGUAAAGUCGCUGAUCAGCUGACGCCAGAGGCGUACAACAAUCUCGAAAAGAUCAUCGUCACCAACGUUACCAUUCACGUGAUCAAGCACAACUUUAUGUUACUGCGAGGUACCAACUCGACCCCGAUUGAGUUUAAAAUUAAGGAAAACAAAGCGAAUGCCAUCAUUGGUCAGCUGAAAUUCCAAGACUUCCAGGAGCAAUGUGACGCUGAGGAAAAAGGUCUUCCUCCACUGAUUUCGGUGCGAGGCGAGCGCAACAGAAACGACCGUCAGGUAUUUACCUUGAAUACCAAAAACCGAACACGCUACGGUCGAAGAUUCAUUCGUGAAACCAAACCGGACUUUGUUCAUCUGUAUCCACUGGUAAGCUUCGAUGCUCUGUACACGACCACCAAUAGCACCCGAAAAACGCGUAACUCUCGCCACUCGAGGAUCCCCACCAGUGGCGUUCAGUACUCCCUGAUCAACAGCUACGAUAUGGCCGACCAGAUCCGGCUUACCAACGACGGUAAACUGAUGACCGUCAAAGGUCUCGAUCGGGAAAAGCAAGACACCAUCAAGGUCACCAUCAUUGCGGAGUACUUCUACAAGCACCGUACCUUCGCCGGUAUCUAUCAGGUGGUGAUUCUGGUGGAGGAUGAAAACGAUAAUCCACCACGGUUCAACCUGCCCUACUACCUGGGUGUGAUCGCGGAAAACUCCCCCAUCGGUACGGAAAUCGUUCUGAACAAUCCAAUCAUCAUCACCGAUCCGGACGUCGGUAGCAACUCCGAGUACGAACUAGUCCUUUCCGGUGAAUCAAAUUCCUUCGCCGCUCAGUUCUCGAACGCUACACUUUCCAACUACAACAAAACCGUUGCUCACAUCUUCAAGAACCUACAAAUCGCAAAUAUCGAUUCUGCGAGCAGCAGUAGUAGUGAACUGUUCAACCGAAGGUUGGACUUCCGCGCGAAGCCAUACGAACUGAGCAACGGAUCAACGCCGCAUUUCAACAUCCUCUUUAUGGGCCCAAAUAAACUGGAUCGCGAAGAGAUCGACAGUUUAAGUCUGAAGAUGUUGGCCACCGAUAACGACAGCCUCACGUCGGAGGUCGAACUGAGGAUUCUGAUUCUGGACGUGAACGACAACCCACCGAUCUUCGAUAAGGUUGCAAUCUUCCGCAAAAGUCGAUGCGAAAUGGUGGAGAACUCCAGCGAUCUGGAACUGUUCUAUCUGGACGAACUGGAGUCGGAGAUUCUUCCGCAGUUCACGGGGGAAGCGGAACGCGAGGCGGCUCGGGUAAACUACGGAGUGGAAAGUUUGUUUGAGAUGGUCCAAUCGGCACCGUACGUUGGAAUGCCUCGGUUGUUUGACGCUGCACUAGUCGCUGGGAACCGAUCGAGCGAGACAAGGCGGAAAAUGUAUAUACCGAAGAGCCGACGGCGUUCAGGAGUUCGAAAUACCCGCGCCGUAGGUCGGAAGUCGGCACUGAGAUUUGCUUUGCCCGAAAAUGUGGAGGUUGGUAAGGUGAUUUUGAAACUGACCGCCAGCGAUGAUGACUUCGAUAAGAAUUCUAAGGUUUUCUAUGAAAUUGUGAAUCAAGAGGAAGUGCUGCCAACGCAGAAUAGGAGUAGCUACUUCAAGAUCGAUCGCAAUUCGGGUGAGCUAAAGGCAGUUAAGCGACUACCGCCGGAGAGCGAAAUUCGGUUGAACGUUUCGGCGAAGGAUGUCGGCGGGUUGGCCGAUGUUAUUGGUUUGGAGUUUAAAAUAUACGACGUCAAUGACAAUGCACCGGUGUUCGAGAAGCAGUGGUACACAUUCAAAGUGGACGAGGGAAAUUAUCCGAUCACGGGGUCGAGGAUCGGACAAGUGCGAGCAACGGAUGAAGAUCUUGGUAUGAAUGGAAAUGUUUCCUACCUGUUGCUGGCGGAAGAUGACAUGAAGAUUCCCUUUUCGAUUUCUCCCUACGACGGAAUGAUUCGGGUUUCCGGUGAGAUCGAUAGGGAAACUGUGUCUUCCUAUCAGUUCAAAGUACUCGCAUCGGACAACAAUUUCGAUCUGAAACUAUCGGCCAUGGUAGACGUGGAAGUAAUAGUUCAGGACAAAAACGACAACAGUCCGGAGUUUACAGCCUACGACGACCUACAGUAUGAUCGCAACAGCAUCAAACGACUUCCGGUGUACGUUUCCUACAUCAACGUCAACUCGAAACCCGGUACAUUCGUCAAACAGGUUCAAGCCAGAGAUAGUGACUACAAGGAAAACGGCAACGGCUUGGUGAUCUUCUCCCUAUCCGGUCAAAAUGAUCUGCUUCACUUCAACAUCGAUCCGAAGGAUGGUGUGAUUGUGACGGCAUCAAAAUUCACUCCUCCGCCCCAAAGGAAGAGCUAUCAGCACGUUAACAUUACGGUGGUGGCUUCCGAUUUCGGUACACCUCCCCGAUCGAGUGUUGCACUGUUGAUUGUCAACCUUCAAGGCGAUCCAGAACGCUCGGGUCACCUAGAAGACAAAAUUCCCCUGUUUCCGUACAAAUACUACGAACUGGAGCUACGGGAAAACGAUCACGCCCCGAAGAUUGUUCUGAACGUCACGUUGAACAAAAAGUACACCGGUGAAGCCUUCCGUUGGCAGAUUCUGAACGAAGAUUACGGCGAGAAGUUCAAAAUCGACGAGAAAAAUGGCUCGCUGUGGAUGCUGGAACCACUGGAUCGCGAGGAUCAGGAUUCGUACGAAAUCAAAAUUAAGGUGGAAAGGUUAAAGGUUCGCGAGAGCCGCAACAUUCCGAGUGUGUUGUACGCGUUGGAAAAUCCUAUCAGGCGCAAGACGCAAAAGCUCUUCGACAACGAAGUGGAAAUUCUGAUCAAGGUUAUGGACGUUAACGAUAAUGCACCGGUUUUUAAGGAAAAUGACGGUCCGAUCAUUGCGGUGGUUCCUGAUCGUGCCAACUACGGCUAUCCGGUGCUGAAGGUAGAAGCUUACGAUGCCGACAUUGGUAGCAAUGGGGAAAUUCGGUAUUCAUUGCUAAACGAACCGGCCCGGCUGUUCGAUAUCGACGCUAUGAGUGGACAGAUACGUCUGCUGAGCUCGCUGAUGGCAUUCCAGGAUCGGGUAUUUGGAUUCGACGUCAAGGCAACGGACCGAACGGGGGCAGACGAUGGCAAAUCGACGAUUGCGAACGUUUUCGUGUAUGUACUGAACGCCCAUCAGGAAGUUUGUAUGAUACUGUCCGGUGCGCCGGUUGAGGUCGAGAAGCAAAUGGGAAUGAUCAUUGCCAGCUUAAGUAUGGCUACCGGGUAUGACGUCCGGAUACGAGCGUUGGAAAGUAACGACAAAGUGGAGGACGCUACGAAUCUGUAUCUAUAUGCCAUAGAUCGAGGGUCCAACUCGUUGGUGGACAUGUCCGAGUUGCAGAGGUCCCUCGCCGCCCUUGACAUGUCAAACUUGAAGCCAAAUUUGCCCAUCAUCGAGCUGACAGAUCUGGCGACGAAUGCGCUGGAACCGCACUCGUACGAUGCGGGUAUGAAGGGCAUCGAACUGGCCACCGUUGUCAUCGGCGGGCUAAUAUUUGCGGGCGGAACGGCUACAGCUUUGUGCAUAGCCUGCGCUCGCUAUCGGCGCCUAAUCCCGCUGCCGAAUAUUAGCGGUGGCAGUCGACCUCAGGACGUACGAGCAACGGGAAUGCGAAACACCGCCUCAACCCUGGCAGUCGCUAACGACAUGAACACCGGCGGCGGUAUGGGAAACAUCAACAGCAGCAACAACAACAACAACAACGGAAGCAGCCUCGGCGGUAGCAUCACCCGACCGAUUGCCCGAGUCGACAUUCAGCCGGUUAUCACUCGGGCGGAUCUGAAAAGUUCCAUCUUCCAUCCGAGUUUCCACCGGCAGUUCGUGACGAACAUCAGCACCGAAUCGACGGCCGCGCCGCCGGUCAACGAUGAAAAUAACAGUGAUAGCUACGAGGAUUCGCUGAAGGACUCGCUAACGUCCAACACGAGCCUCUGA